CCUCGGGGCCCUUCCGGGAUCUUCGCCCCCGUACUCCCCGGGGACACCGGCGGGAGCGUGGGCCCUGAGGUCUCCGCCCCCAGCCCCUAGCCCCUCGGGGCAGAGCCGACCAACCCCUCCCCUCUUCCGGGAGGGGCCAGGGGCGGGGCUUUUCCUAAGGGGCAAGGCCAAGGCAUCCCGAAUUGGCGCAGUCAGGGGAUAGGGCGGCGGGUUAUUAAGGCUGAGGUGGGAGGAUUCCCAGGGUAUUGGGGUCAAGGUGGCAUUAGCCCAGCCCAAGCCGGGUUGGGCUGACUCAGCGUCCUGUCCCAGACAACCGGUCCUUGACAACUCUGCUCUUCCCUGGGCAGAGAUGGGAGAUGGCGCCCGUGCUGCCCCUGGUGCUGCCCCUCCGGCCCCGCAUCCGUCUGGCGCAGGGGCUCUGGCUCCUCUCCUGGAUACUGGUGCUGGCUGGUGGCCUCAUCCUCCUGUGUAGCGGGCACCUCCUGGUACAGCUGUUGCACCUUCGCACCUUCUUGGCUCCCUCCUGCCCGUUCACUGCCCUGCCUCAAGUUGCCCUGGCAGCUGGUGCAGUGGCUCUGGGCACAGGACUGGUGGGUGCAGGAGCCAGCAGGGCCAGUCUGGAUGCAGCUCAAUACCCUCCCUGGCGAAGGGUCCUGGGCCCCAUGCUGGCAGCUGGUACUGCUGGCGGUGGUGGGCUCCUGGUCCUCGCCCUGGGACUAGCCCUAGCUUUACCUGGAAGUCUGGACACGGGGCUAGAGGAGGGCCUGGGGGCUGCCAUGGCUCACUACAAGGACACAGAGGUGCCCGGACACUGUCAUGCCAAACGGCUGUUGGAUGAGCUGCAGCUGAGGCAUCACUGCUGCGGGCGCCAUGGGUACAAGGAUUGGUUUGGGGUCCAAUGGGUCAGCAGCCGUUACCUGGAUCCCAAUGACCAGGACGUGGUUGACUUCUCCCCCAGGCCUCUGUCUCCAGACACCCUAACACCCUGCCCCUCACUUUGCAGCCGGAUCCAGAGCAAUGUGGAAGGCCUAUAUCUGAUUGAUGGAGUCCCUUUUUCCUGCUGCAGCCCCCAUUCACCCAGGCCUUGCCUGCAAAACCAGCUCUCAGACCCCCAUGCCCACCCCCUCUUUGAUCCCCGUCAGCCCAACCUAAACCUCUGGGCUCAAGGAUGCCACGGGGUGCUGCUGGGGCACCUGCAGGGGUUGGCAAGCACAUUGGGCAGCAUGCUGGCUGUCACCUUCCUGCUGCAGACUCUGGUGCUCCUGGGCCUGCGAUACCUGCAGACAGCGCUGGAGGGCCUUGGAGGAGUCAUCGAUGGGGAAGGAGAGGCCCAGGGCUAUCUCUUUCCUGGUGGUCUGAGAGACAUGCUGAAAACAGCGUGGCUGCAGGGAGAGGUUGCCCAAAGACCAGCACCUGGGGAGGCUCCUCCGGAGGAGGCCCCUGCUAAGGAGGAUCUACCUGAGGCCUAGGGGCCUGGAGCUUGAGGUGGGGACUGGCAGGGGGCGGAGGGUGGACAAGACUGGAAGCCUCCCAACUCUUGCCAAGGCCCCAGGUGGGAGAAGUGGGGAGGUCCCUGGGAUUAGAGGGGUUAAGGCUAAGCAUCGAGCUGGACUGGGUAGGAGAAAAAAUGAGGGGUCUUAGGGCCUAGCCCCUGUGGCCAGAACCACCUGGAAACAGAAAAAUGACAUCUGUGAUGGUGGUGGGAAAGUGACAUGGGAAGGACUGUGGACUGCUUCUGGUGCAGACUCAAUAAAGCUUUUGGACUGAA